AUGCCAAUAGAAAAACUGGCAAAACCAGAAUGCUCAUCAUUAUGUUAUGAUCGCAGAAAUAUUUGCAAAGCUUCAACAAUUCUAUUCUCAGUACCUUUGUCUGAUUGCAUCUUUUGUGGUAUAUCUCCGAUUUGUAGUUUGGUGGCAUCGAGGUAAUAUUUUCCAAUUACUUCAGGAUUUUUUACUUGUUGGACCCACUUCAAGACAAAUCAGCCUUCUUGAAAAUCCAUCGAUGCAUCAUCCAUGUAUACUAAAUCCAAAAGAUUUCAACUUGUCAUGGGCAUCAAUGUGCCAUAUAUGGUUAGGACCCCUGGGAUAAACAAGCUCUUCUUCUCUUGCUUCUACUUUCAACACCUCGAGGAUCUAAUUUUACCAAGCAUUUUCGAAUAACAUCCCUUUGAAUGACAAUGCCAUACUUGGUCAUUACGUGUUUCCACAUUUUCCGAUAUCCAAAGUUGCAUUUACUCCCAGAUAAUUUGUGUUCAACAAUACGUUCAAUAUCAUCUCAUGAAACUUUUUCAUCAGCUGGUAUACGUCUUCGAAGACCAAGACUUUGCAGCCUUUUUUUAAGGGUUGAUGAGCUAAAUUUUAUUCCAUGUAGCUUCAGGAAUUCCAGUAUUUCAAUGUUGGUGAAUCCUUGUUGAAAAUAACUUGUAAUAAGCUCUGUUUCAUCUCUUCUUUCAUACAUGGAGUAUAAUUAUUCAAAGGCAUAGUUUUAUGUAUUCUGUUUCUGACAAUAACAUGUUAAUAGUUGACAAGAAACAACAAGAUGUCGACAUGGGCUUUUUAAUCUUGAUUGAGCAGAACAAAAAAAAAACUGAACUGUGUCAAAAACCGAAACUGAACUGUUAAAAUAUAAAACUGAACUUUCAAAUACAAAAUUGUCAAUAAACCAGAACUGACUGUGAGUCUUCUGGGCCAUCGUAGAACUCUUACGAUUGGUCGGGUUUUUAAGACAUUUGCAACAUUUGCCAUCCAUGUUGUAUAAUAGCCUCUUCUGUACAGUGAAUUAAUUUUCUUAUUCUUAUCUUAAAUUAUUUAAAUAUUUGCAGAUAUUUAAUUAUUUAAUUUCCAUUCCAAGUUAUGUUACUGCAGAUAACAGAGAGUUUUAGAUUGGCGUUUUUACUUGAUAAUGUCAAACCGCAAACGGCAAAAAAUCACGUGACUACGAUUUUGCCGUCAGAUUCGACGUAAAUUUAUCACGUUUCAACGUGAGAAGUGCGACUUUCAGGUAAGCGAAUUCCCUCAAAGUUUUUAUGUGUUUUUUUUAAAUAUCUCGCGUAAAUUGUGAACAUAUGUUUGUAAGUUUAUCCAGUCUUCCUUAUGAACUUAAAUUUGCAAUAUGAUGAGUUUUUUAGUUGUUAUUGUUGUACGAAAAUCAUACUUUGCUUGCUUGAAUAAACAAGAUGGCAAGCACAUGUCCUGCACUGAAUGAUAUUUGUUUCAUUAGCAUACUAUCACUACCACUCCUGCAAAAUCAUAAUUUAUUAAUAACUUCUGGUACAAUCUACUUUCAAUGUGUAGAUAUUAUUUAUAUCGCAUCAAUCUGUCUUUUUUAGAUUAUAAUAUACACUGAAUAAUGGUCCAUUUCGCUGGCCAAGUAUUGAAAAUGACAUUGCAUUGGCAAGGGAAGUGGCAGCUUCUCGACCCGAAAAGCCAAACGAUUGGGAUGAAAUUGCAACUCGUCUGAGUGAACACUUUAGUACUGAUGGAAAACCUGUCGAGUUGAAAGCAAGAGGUUGCCGUGAGAGAAUGGACAGACUUCUGUCCAAAUACAAACAAGAAGAUGCAAAAUCACUUAAAAGGUAUAAAUAGAGUUUGUGUUUACCCAAUUAAAGUGGUUUCUGAUUGAGGGUACCUAAAUAUCGAGUUAGGAUUGGGGUCAGGCCUUGAGCCAAGGACUCAGGGAUUAGGGUUUAGGCUUUAGGGUAAGAUUUGGGGAUAGGGUUAUGGCCACUGGGUUAUGGGUUAGGAUUAGGUUGGCGUUUGGAGCUAUGUUUAUGGAUUAGCCUGUAUGGAAUGACACUUUUUGUGCACAGCACAUUUGACAAAUUGUGCACCAAAAUACUAGUAAAUAUAUUAGCAGGAGCAACGUUGCCGUGCACACCACCUUCAUUCCAUACUGGUGGAUUAGGAUCUAAACAUAGUCAGUAUAUCGUUUUGGGUUAGGAUCCAAACAUUUAGUCAGAAUAUAAACAUAGUACAUUCUCACGACAAAGUCCAAUGUUUGUAACAAGCAUUUGAAGGCUUCAAUGAGGUCAGCCAAUUAGCUUGGAGCUAGUUAAAUAUGAUUGCCCGAUCAGAUUAUAACCGGUCAAAUAGUAUUGACAAACAUUGAAUACUUCCGUGCAAAUAGUUAAUGUUUUUUUCAAAAUACACAAUGUUUUGAGCUGCGUCAUUCAUAUUUAGUUGCAAGCAAUGGUAGUAUAUCUCUUUCUGGUUGCGCAUAAGUGUUUGUGGAGCUAUGUCAUAGUACAUAAUAUGCAUACCAUUUCUCAAACCAUAAUUUUUGCUCAAUUUUCAUUUUUAUCAAGUGCUUGUAUUGUAUAUAUGCUACUUAGCAAAUAAAUUGCGGUCUGGUUCAGUGAUAAUAUGUAAUAGUUUCUCGGUGUGAUUCAUUUUAUGUAAGACUUGAAUUUCAUUAAUUUUAAAAUUAAAAGUCUAUUGCAAUUUUAAUAGAUCUGGUGCUGAGGAGGACUAUAAUGAAUUAAAGCAACUACUAGAAGACAUAUCAACAUUCCGAAGGGAUAUGAUGGUGCUAAAGGAUAAAGAAAAAGAAGAGAAACGGAACCAAGCUGAGAAUGGAAAAAGAAAGCAGAAAUGA